CUGUCGAGAACAUGGCGGCUUCCAGGCAGGCAUGAGAGUGGAUACUUCUGAAAAAAUCGGAUGAAGCUGGGCUGCCGUUUCGAAACAAGACAAUCCAGACGUGUCUGAACGCUGCAUCUCAAAUCAAAGAGACCCCAUGUCGUCCACCGGUUCGGCGCUCUCAGGCUCGGCCGCUGCCCCGCUGGCGCCGCGCUGGAAGCGGGUCUUGGGCUGGUCUGGACCCGUCCCCCGCCCCCGGCAUGGACACAGAGCCGUGGCCAUCAAAGAGCUCAUGGUGGUGUUCGGCGGAGGAAACGAGGGAAUUGUGGACGAGCUGCAUGUCUACAACACCGCAACCAACCAGUGGUUUAUUCCAGCAGUGCGUGGGGACAUUCCCCCAGGCUGUGCGGCAUAUGGGUUUGUGUGCGAGGGCACACGGUUGCUGGUUUUUGGAGGAAUGGUGGAGUAUGGGAAAUACAGCAGUGAUCUUUAUGAGCUACAGGCGAGUAGGUGGGAAUGGAAAAAAUUGAAGCCCAAAGCCCCUAAAAACGGGCCCCCACCCUGCCCCCGUCUGGGCCACAGCUUUUCCCUGGUGGGUAACAAGUGCUAUCUGUUUGGAGGCCUGGCGAAUGAUAGCGAAGACCCCAAAAAUAACAUUCCCAGAUAUUUGAAUGAUCUCUACACAUUAGAGUUACGCCCUGGUGCUGGUGUUGUGGGCUGGGACAUACCUAUUACAUAUGGAGUUUUACCUCCUCCCCGAGAGAGCCACACUGCUGUCAUUUACACUGACAAAGGCAUCAAAAAAUCUCGUCUCGUCAUUUAUGGAGGAAUGAGUGGAUGUCGUUUGGGAGAUCUUUGGACGCUGGAUAUUGACACUCUGACAUGGAAUAAACCCUCUGUAAGUGGCACAGCACCGCUCCCUCGCAGCCUCCACUCAGCCACCACCAUCACUAACAAGAUGUAUGUGUUUGGGGGAUGGGUACCACUAGUGAUGGAUGAUGUGAAGGUGGCCACACAUGAGAAGGAAUGGAAAUGCACAAACACGCUGGCCUGCCUCAACUUGGACACCAUGUCGUGGGAGACCAUUUUGAUGGACACUUUGGAGGACAACAUUCCGCGGGCCCGUGCUGGACACUGUGCAGUUGCAAUUAACAACCGGCUGUAUGUGUGGAGUGGCCGUGAUGGAUACCGCAAAGCCUGGAACAACCAGGUGUGCUGUAAGGACCUGUGGUACCUGGAGACAGAGAAGCCCAGUUCCCCUUCGCGAGUGCAGCUGGUCAGGGCUAACACCAGCUCUCUCGAGGUCAGUUGGGGGGCAGUGUCCACCGCAGAUUUGUAUUUGCUGCAGCUUCAGAAAUACGACAUCCCGUCGUCCACCAGCACUGCAUCUUUGGCUCCAUCUCUUCCGGGGAACUCUCCAAAAAGCCCUGCACCUGCCGCCUCUGCCCUUUCUGCGCAGAGCCUGCCACAGCCUGCUGUAUCCUUUGCCCCGCAGGCGGCCUCUCCCACUGGUGCUGGCUUGCCUGUCCUUGCUAACACACCCACCAGCCCACUGGCUGCCUCUACUGCGCGCAGCCCAGCUAUCCUGAAAGUGGCAGCCACUCAGUCCAGCACUGGGACAUCGAUUGUCACUGUGCGACCAGCAAGUCAGGCUGCGAAAUCUCCGGUCACUGUGACAUCACUUCCUGCUGGUGUUCGUAUGGUGGUGCCAGCACAGACAACCCAAGGAACACCAAUAGGUAGCAGUCCUCAGAUGAGUGGCAUGGCCGCUUUAGCUGCAGCAGCCGCCGCCACCCAGAAAAUCCCAUCGUCAUCCGGGGCUACUGUGCUGAGUGUGCCAGCGGGAGCCACCAUUGUUAAAACAGUUGCUGUUACUCCUGGAUCUUCCACAGUUAAAGUGGCGUCGCCAGUUAUGGUUAGUAACCCUGCCACCUGCAUGCUGAAGACCGCAGCUGCUCAGGUAGGCACGCCCAACAUAUCCAGUGCCACCACGCCCACCCGGCCCAUCAUCACUGUGCACAAAUCCGGCACGGUCACUGUUGCCCAGCAAGCCCAGGUGGUCACUACCGUUGUGGGUGGAGUAACCAAAACCAUUACACUGGUCAAGAGCCCCCUUACCAUGGGAGGAGGUGGCACACUGCUUUCCAGCCUCGGUAAGGUUGUGUCUGUGGUCCAGACCAAACCAGUCCAGUCCUCUGCUGUGACUGGACAAGCCUCUUCCAACCCUGUCACUCAGAUUAUACAGACAAAAGGCCCUCUCCCAGCCGGCACCAUUCUGAAGCUAGUGACGUCAGCAGAUGGCAAACCCACCACAAUCAUCACCACCACCCAAGCAGGGGGCACUGGGAGCAAGCCCACUAUUCUGGGCAUCAGCGGCAUGGCGUCCACCACCACCAGCAAACCUGGCACCACUACCAUUAUCAAAACCAUUCCCAUGUCUGCCAUCCAGCAGGGAGCCACAGGUGUUACUAGUAGCACUGGGAUAAAGAGCCCCAUCACCAUCAUCACCACCAAAGUAAUGACCUCUGGCACCGGCACACCUGGAAAAAUCAUCACAGCGGUGCCCAAGAUUGGCACCGCAACAGGCCAACAGGGACUGACUCAGGUGGUGCUGAAGGGUGCACCGGGUCAGCCGGGCACUAUUUUGCGCACCGUGCCCAUGGGUGGCGUCCGCCUCGUCUCUCCUGUUUCGGUGGCCAGCGUCAAGCCAGCUGUAACCACACUGGUGGUCAAGGGAACAACUGGUGUCACAUCUUUGGGUACAGUUACAGGCACUGUCUCUACUAGCCUGGCGGGUGGAAGUGUGGCCAGUGCCAAUGCGUCCCUGUUAACACCCAUCACCACGCUUGCUACAGUGGCCUCUCUGUCCAGCCAAGUCCUCAGCCCUGCUGGCAGUGCAUCUGCAGCGCAGAACAACCUCACUACCGCGACAGCUGCUAUGCAGCCUACCCAGGUAACCCUCAUUACCACACCCAGUGGUGCUGAGGCUCAGCCUGGACAGGAUCUGCCAGUCUCCAUUUUGGCAUCGCCCACCUCCGAGCAGCCCUCGUCCAGUGAGCAAGUGCCUGCUGAUGCCUCUAGCACUGUUUCCCUCGUCUGCUCAAACCCACCCUGCGAAACCCACGAGACAGGCACUACCAACACUGCUACCCUGGCAUCAGCCAGCAUGGGCACUGAGCAGGUGGUCACAGUCCAGAGAGUGUGUUCAAACCCACCGUGUGAAACUCAUGAAACUGGCACCACCAAUACGGCCACUACAGCAUCAGCUAAUAUGGGCAACGAACAGGGUGGCGCAGUGCAGAGAGUAUGCUCUAAUCCACCAUGUGAAAUCCAUGAGACAGGCACAACUAGUACUGCCACUGUGGUAUCGUCCAGCAUGGGCGCUGAACAAAUAGGCACAGUGCAAAGAGUCUGUUCAAACCCACCCUGCGAAACCCAUGAGACGAGCAGCACCAAUACGGCCACUACAGCAUCAGCAAGAAUGGGCAGUGAGCAGGUUGGCACAGUGCAGAGUGUGUGCUCUAAUCCACCAUGUGAAACACAUGAAACUGGCACCACCAACACAGCCACCACAGCUUCAGCUAAUAUGGGCAGUAACCAAACUGGCUUAGCGCAGAGAGUGUGUUCAAACCCGCCCUGUGAAACACAUGAGACUGGCACCACCAACACAGCCACCACUGCCACUUGCAGUAUGGAGACAGACGGUACAGCCCAGCAGGCUGGUGAAGUUUCAGAAGGAUCAAGCAGCCCAGACACUCUGAGCUCCACUGCAGCUUCACAGAGCCGAGCUAUCACCACAGUAACCCAGGCUACUCCUACUCCUGGACCUGCUGUUCCUUCUCUGACAUCAAUAACGGAGACGUCUACGGAAGUAGCAUCUGAGGCUGUGAUGGCAGAGGCAGAGCCUAAGCAGACAGAGAGCCAGGCAGAGGCAGCCACAGACCAUGAAGCUGCCAUGAUUGCAGAGGCUGCACAGGAGCAACUGCCCACAGCAGAGAUGGAGGGUGUGGAGGCGGCAGCAGUGGCUCAGGAGGCCCAGGCAUUGGCUUUACCCCCAGAGCUGAUGUCCGAGGGACAGAGCACUACCCUAAUGGUUACGGGCCUGACCCCAGAGGAACUAGCUGUGACAGCGGCCGCAGAGGCCGCUGCCCAGGCUGCGGCCAGUGAAGAGGCUCAGGCUCUGGCCAUCCAGGCCGUGCUGCAGGCUGCCCAGCAAGCUGUCAUGAGUACAGGUGAGGGUGACACCAGUGCAGACGAUCAGCAAAGUCAGACCAUCCCCAUUGUCCUGACACAGCAGGAGCUGGCCGCUCUGGUGCAGCAACAGCAACAGCUUCAGGAGGCUCAGGCUGAGCAGCCACAGGAAGGACCCGUUACGGCUGCGUUGCCUACUGAAGGCCUGGCACCUGCGGACAGCCUCAACGACCCCACAUCGGAGAGCAAUGGGCAUGGUGAGAUGGCUGCUGCAGUGUCCAGCACAGUGGGACUGCUGCCCAGCACCGUGGCUGAGACUUUGGCUCCUUCCAGCACUCUGGCCCCUGCUGUAAUCGCCACCCAAGCUAACCUACAGGCAGCAGCCACAUUAACUGAGGUAGCCAACGGCAUUGAAGCAGGGAAACAGAACCCUCCUACUGCCACAGUUAAACCCCCAGUGAAGAAAGAAAACCAAUGGUUUGAUGUUGGCAUUGUGAAAGUGACGAACAUGGUCGUAACACAUUUUUACAUGCCAGCUGAUGAUUCACCUUAUAUUGAUGAUGAUUCUGGAACAAUCCCUGACUACAGCCAGAUGAAGAAAGUGGAACUGCAGCCAGGAACAGCAUACAAGUUCCGUGUGGCUGGCAUCAACACGUGUGGCCGUGGAGCUUUCUCUGAGAUAUCAGCAUUCAAGACCUGUUUACCAGGCUUCCCUGGGGCUCCGUGUGCCAUCAAGAUUAGCAAGAGCCCAGAUGGAGCCCACCUAACCUGGGAGCCACCGUCGGUCACUUCAGGGAAGAUUAUCGAGUAUUCUGUGUAUUUGGCCAUUCAAAGCAGCCAAACAACGGAGGCUAAAGCAUCUGCUCCAGCUCAGCUGGCCUUCAUGCGUGUUUACUGUGGCCCAAACCCAUCAUGCCUGGUUCAGUCGUCCAGCCUGUCCAAUGCUCACAUAGACUACACCACCAAACCAGCCAUCAUCUUCCGCAUCGCCGCCCGCAACGAGAAGGGCUAUGGCCCGGCCACACAAGUGCGAUGGUUACAAGAGUCGGGCAAAGAUGCUGCUGCCAAGUCUGCCCCAAAAAGAGCUAUGUCCUCACCAGAUGUUAAAGGGACUGGUCUGAAGAAAGCCAGGAUGGAUCAGUAAAGGUGAAAAUCACCUCUCUCCCUCCAAGUUCCCCCUCAAACUAGGAUAGCCCCAUUCCUCCAAACUCUGCUGCACAUCCACUGGUGUCUAGACAUGUAUAUCAGCAGCACAACAUCAGAGCAAAAAGAAACCGUUCAAGCAAUGACAAACAACUGCUAGGAAAAAUGUUUUUUUUUUUUUUGGUUUAUUCCUUUUUUUUGGAGCAAAUGGAACAAAAACAAGCACAUUUCACUGUUUUUUGGAAGGAAAAAAUAUGCUUUUUUUUCAUGGUUAAGUCUUCCUUUAUGCUCUUCUUGUUUCUUUACAUGUCUUUGCUUCUGUUUUCUCACAAAAUCAGUUUAAUGUAACAAAUGGACUGUUAUACUGUCAGCUUGCCUCAGCUAGAGUGCUUUUUUUGUGGGUGUGUGAGAAAUUAGGAAAUUAAAUUGAUCAAAUGGACACUGGGUGGGGAAUCUGAAGAGGAAGAGUUGGGGGGGAAGUGAAGCACUUGUCCUUAGAUAAAGGGAGGAUGUUUUUUCCUUGUCGAAAGAAAACAGAUGAGUAACAGACUGCAAUCCUGUGAAAAUGUUGCAUUGCUGAGAAGAUUGGAGCGGAGACAAGGAAAGAAACUUUUACUAGCGGGACAGAGACUUUGCUGAGACUGAGACCUGCUAUGUGUAUAUGGAAAAAUUGGAGAAGGAAAAAAUCCUCCCAAAAAAAUUAGAAAGUACUGAUGCAGAUAACCUUUGUGUAGUUUAUUUUUGUAUUUUUAAAGCUUUUUCCUGCUUGUUAAUGUGUGUGUCUGUGUACAAUUUUUUUUAAACUUGCGUUAAAACUCACCCCCCCUUCCUUUUUCGGUCGUCCCAGUAGUUCUGAAGUGUUUGUGGGAUGAGUUUGUAAUUGAGCCGUACUGGAUUUGAGCAGUGUGCCUGUGUGUAACACUGAGUGUCGUUUUUAGCUGAAUUACGACAGAAAGCCUUUCACAUACAGGCAGGGAAAUUGGUGUUAUGUUUACUUCAUAUUUUUUAUGAUUGUUUCAAUCUGUAUUUGUAUGCCAAACCUGGACAUGUAACAAGAACCAUUAAAUCAAUUUUCCCUUGUAUCGCCCCUUUUUCUCCACUUCCUGUUAAAGUGCUGUAUUGUUUGUGGUGUGUGUUGUUUUCUUUUUUUUUCUUUCUUCUCCCCCCCCAUGGCUUUUUUUUUGUUUUGUUUUUUUAAAGAAUGUUCCAGAACAUUGAUUUGUAGAUUUUUGUGCCCUAGAUCGUGAAGGAAAAUGUCCAUGUGAAACUUAAUAAAUUUUACUUUCAUUCUUUUCGACUUUGUAAUUUACAUAUGAAUGAAUGGUAUGCAGAGUAAAUGUUAUUGUGUACUUGUUUUGGCUUUAACACAGAGGGAUAUCUUCAUGAGAAGGAUUGAAUUUGUUGAGGUGUUCUUUGUGUCUUUGUAGGGUGUUUUGUUUUGUUUUGUUUUGUUUAAUUCAUUCCUGGUUAAACCAAGUAUGAAUUCAAUUGUAAUAUAGUUCAUUCAUACCACAAGAGAAAAUGAUUACAUCUUGGCCUUUUAUAUAUUACUUGUAACAAAGUUUUUACAUGUUGGUCAUCUCCUGAUUGCCUUUUUGUGUCUUGACUUAUAAAAGAAACAAAAUAUA